AUUUUUUUUUUUUUGCAGUGAAAAUGAAGAGUUUAUAUAUUUUCCUUGCUGUCCUGUUCGUCCCAUGGAGUUUUUCGCUGGCAAAGUAUGAUGAAUUUGAGGAUGGAGAUGACAUUAUGGAGUAUGAUGAUAAUGACUUUGCUGAAUUUGAAGAUGUUACUGAAGAUGCAGUCACAGAGUCUCCUCAGAGGAUCAUCACUACAGAAGAUGAUGAAGAAGAAGCUACCGUAGAACUUGAAGGUCAGGAUGAGAAUCAGGAAGACUUUGAUGAUGCAGAUGCACAGGAAGGAGAUACUGAGAGCGAACCAUAUGAUGAUGAGGAGUUUGAAGGCUAUGAUGAGAAACCAGAUGCAUCUCCUAGCAAGAGUAAAGACCCCAUAACAAUAGUUAACGUCCCUGCUCACCUUCAAAACAGCUGGGAGAGCUAUUACAUGGAGAUUCUGAUGGUAACCGGUCUUCUUGCUUACAUCAUGAAUUACAUCAUUGGGAAGAACAAAAACAACCGUCUGGCUCAGGCAUGGUUCAAUACUCACAGGGAGCUGCUAGAAAGCAACUUUGCUCUUGUUGGGGAUGAUGGCACUAAUAAAGAAGCUACAAGCACUGGGAAACUAAAUCAAGAAAACGAACACAUAUAUAACUUAUGGUGCUCUGGCAGGGUGUGCUGUGAAGGAAUGCUUAUCCAGCUAAAGUUUCUCAAGAGACAAGACCUCCUGAAUGUUCUUGCCCGCAUGAUGAGGCCAGCUUGUGACCAAGUGCAAAUAAAAGUAACAAUGAAUGAUGAAGAUAUGGACACCUAUGUGUUUGCUGUUGGAACAAGAAAAGCGCUGGUGCGACUUCAGAAAGAGAUGCAGGACCUGAGUGAGUUCUGCAGUGAUAAACCCAAGUCUGGUGCAAAAUAUGGGCUUCCAGAUUCGCUGGCUAUCUUGUCGGAGAUGGGGGAGGUCACAGAGGGAAUGAUGGACGCAAAGAUGAUACAUUUCCUCACGCAUUAUGCUGACAAGAUUGAGUCCGUCCAAUUCUCGGACCAGUUCUCCGGUCCAAAACUUAUGCAAGAGGAGGGCCAGCUUACAAAACUGCCCGAAACGAAAAAGACACUUUUGUUUACAUUUAAUGUGCCUGGUUCAGGCAACACUUCCCCAAAGGAUAUGGAGUCUUUGCUGCCUCUGAUGAGCAUGGUUAUUUACUCUAUUGACAAAGCAAAGAAGUUCCGUCUGAACAGAGAGGGUAAGCAAAAAGCUGAUAAGAACAGGGCUCGAGUGGAAGAGAAUUUCCUUAAACUGACUCACGUGCAAAGACAGGAAGCUGCCCAGUCCCGCCGAGAGGAGAAAAAACGGGCAGAGAAGGAACGAAUCAUGAACGAGGAGGAUCCAGAAAAGCAGCGUCGGCUGGAGGAAGCCGCUUUGAGGCGUGAGCAAAAGAAACUAGAGAAGAAGCAGAUGAAGAUGAAGCAAAUCAAAGUGAAAGCUAUGUGAAUCCAUUGUGGGAAACCUGUCUCGGUGCCGCCUGCAGAAUUUUAAUUCAUAGGGUACAAAGACGUAGUUGACUCCACAAUCUUACGCUUCUUUGAACACUAGUAGCCAUUAAGAGAAAUGCUCCAUGCAUUGGUGUUGCUUUUCGAGUAUUACAGCAACAUGCAGGUGUAUGUAGAGAGCUUUGUCUCGGCAGUUUUAUUCCAGGUGGUUAAAAGUUUUGCUCCUUGUCUGUUUAAAAAAAUGCAAUAUUCCCGAAUGCUUUUUGUCAUUUGUUCUUUAAAAACAGAAGACUGCAAACCCGUCCAUGUAUGCUGGUAACAUAUCAAUGUUUUGGUUUUAAACUUUGCUUUUAGUUAUUGGGAGGGAAGGGGGGACUUCUUAAAUUAACGGGAGGAAAACGGCACAGUAAUCAUUCAGCGUGCGUUUAUUUGCGUCAAGCUCGUAAAGACACAAAACGGAGCCUUCCAGACGCAGUAUGGAAAACUUCAAGGAUUUAUGCCCCGUAGAAGUGAUUUUUGUUUUGUUUUUACUGACAAGGGAUUGAAACAGUAUUAGAUCAUCUGUGAGCUUGAUUGGCAUAUGUGUAAAACACAUAGAUCGGUUAGAUGUCAGGGAAUAGCAUAUACAAACACUGUUUCCUACUUGUAGUUUUGAAUGCUGUAAGCUUAAUACAAUGUGAAAUCUGUAACGUAAGGGUGCUGUUUCUUCAGGAGUGACUGCAUGGUGAGUUAGCAGCUUCAACUAGCUUUCCUUGAAUAUUUGUAACUGUACCAAUUUGCCUCAAAUACUUUUCUCCUAGUCUCAGCAGCUGCUGCCUAGUUCACUUCAGCAAGAAGCUAGAUUCAGUGAAGUAUCUGUGCAAUUGCCAAUUUCCCCAAACAAGUAAGAAUGUUUCAGAGGAUUUGUAUCCUCUUCAUCUGGUGAAUGGUCAUUUCUGGGUUUUGAGUAUAAAUGGGGGGAAGGAAGUGAAUGCCCCUGUGCAAACACUUUGCUAUCUGAGAGCUCUGCAUUUUAUAAAUGCUUCCUGUCUAGAAGGCAUUUUAUUGUUGCUUGUAACAGACUUUUUACAGUUUUGUGGGGAAACAAUGUCUUGCUUUUUUGUUGUUGUUGAGUAACUCGUGCAACUUUCGUUCUGAGGCAAUAACAAUGAGCUGCUGUUGAAACAGCAAGUGCUUAAACGUUCUUGUUCCAGCAUGGGAUACUUCACACUGAUUUAAAUGCAAAAGUCUGUAACCCGAUACAUGUAAAUGCAUUAAUUUUAUAAUGGUUGUGAAAAUUAAUUUAAAACUCAAACUAAUGUAGAUUAUGUGAAAUCUUGGCAUUAUUUAGCUUUAAAGAUCAGGAUUAAUACUGUAUUGCUUCACAAAGUUCCUUGAAAGGAAAUAUUAGUUUGUGCUCUUUUAAAAAAGCGGACAGGUCCCCUACAUUUGUGGGCCGUGGCAGCUAAUUUUGUAAUAUGAACAUUCAAAUGAACUACCUAAUGAAGAGUAAAACAUGACUGAAACACUC